GUCCGAAUCCGCCAAUCCCAUUUCCAUGAUUUAAUAGAAAUUACACCACUGAGAGGGAAAGCCAGAUGGAGCGGGUCGUCCCAUUGUUUUGCUUCUCUCUCUUGGUCCUUCUUGCGACCUGCUCAUCGCCCUACCAUGGCGCAUGGGCCUUACAAAGUGAGACCCUGACCCGGGAGCUCUUGGAAUCGGCGAGGGACCCGGAUUUCUUGGACUGGUUGAGACGGGUUCGGAGGAGAAUCCAUGAGUACCCGGAAUUGGCAUUCCAAGAGGAGUUAACGAGUGAACUGAUUAGAAGUGAGCUUGACUCACUGGGAAUCGAGUAUGCGUGGCCCGUGGCUAAGACAGGGGUGGUAGCAACUAUCGGGUCAGGGGCUCAGCCUUGGUUCGGUCUUAGAGCAGACAUGGACGCGCUCCCUAUUCAGGAACUAGUGGAAUGGGAGCAUAAGAGCAAAAUUGAUGGCAAAAUGCAUGCCUGUGGUCAUGAUGCUCAUGUCACAAUGUUGCUUGGAGCAGCCAAAUUGUUACAGAACAACCGAGAUAAAUUGAAGGGUACUGUUAAACUUGUCUUCCAACCUGGGGAAGAAGGUUAUGCUGGUGCCCAUUAUAUGAUACAAGAUGGAGCUCUAGAUGGAGUUCAAGCCAUCUUUGCCUUACAUGUUGAUCCAGCAUUACCCACUGGUUCUCUCAGCGGAAAACCUGGUCCAAUGCUUGCUGGAUCAGGCAGGUUUUCUGUAAUCAUUCAAGGAAAAGGUGGACAUGCAGCGAGCCCGCAUAAAACUAGAGAUCCUAUUGUUGCCCUUUCCAUGACGAUUCUUGCACUCCAACAUAUCGUUUCCCGAGAAACUGAUCCUCUAGAGGCCAGGGUGGUCUCAAUUGGAUUUGUUCAAGGUGGUGAAGCAUUGAAUGUAAUCCCUGAGACUGUCAAAUUUGGUGGCACCUUCCGGUUCAUGAAUUCUGAAAGUUAUUCCUACCUCAAGCAAAGGAUUAAAGAGGUCAUAGAAACUCAAGCAACAGUGCAUCAUUGUACCGCUGUGGUUGACUUCAUGGAGGAUAAACUCAAACCAUAUCCAGCAACCAUCAAUCAUCCCACAAUGUACGAACAUGCUAAAAGGGUUGGAGAAAACUUGCUUGGAGAGCAGAAUAUGCAACUCCACACAAUGAUCAUGGCAGCUGAAGAUUUCAGCUUCUACGCACAGAAGAUACCCGCGGCAUUCUUUAUGAUUGGAACAAGAAACGAAACAAUGAAAUCCGUCAAAGGCUUGCACUCACCCCACUUUGUCAUGGAUGAAGACGUUCUUCCAGUAGGUGCCUCUCUGCAUGCUGCAGUCGCGCUUGCUUACUUGGAUGGCCGGGCUGAAAACUCGGUAGCAACGUAGAUGAAUCAAAUGGGACAUGACGAAGAUCAGAUGUACAAGAUUUUAGCAUCACAAGUCAAGAUUUAAUUGCCAUAGUGCCAACAAGUUUUGUGGCAGAAUUUGUUGGAAUGUAAAUUUAAAUUAGGGACUACCUCUUCGUUUAGAAUAAAAAUGUCAGACCAUAAACUUGACAGCAGUAGUUUUUAAUAAGGCACUCACAUAAUAGAUUCCAUUGUUUUUUACUCAAAUAUGUACUGUCCAGUUUGUCCUUGCCAGCAGAAACUCCUGCUUUAAAGCAUUUGGAUGGUUAAA